AUGUCGACUGCCAUUCUAGUCCUAGUUGGUGCAGUGGCCUUCCGUCGACAUGCAUGGCUUUGGGCAAUGAAUCUUCCUCAGGAGAUAUGGUCCUGGAUAGAGGCGAUGCCAUUUGACAGAGAAGGCCUCUUUCAUGCCUGGGUUGAUGAGAGGUUGGACACCAUACAGAAGGCAAGGGUGACGGCUCACAAGAUGGCAAUCUGCUUCCACCCUACAAGACAAGGAUUCGGGGUCUCCGUCAAGCCAGGAACCCUCCGGACCCUUUGUGAAUUAGAAUGGACCACUUUUGACGUGGGAUGGCCCUCAGAGGGCUCUUUUGAUUUGAUCUUGAUUAGGAACGUUGAGGCUGUGAUCCUUGGGAGUCCCGGACACCCAGAUCAGAUUCCAUAUAUAGAGACAUGGCUGGAUAUCGCCAAGGCGAGACCUGGUUACAUUAAACGGUGUCAACGGAAACUCCCAGGAUCCACAUGCCCUUCUCUCCUUACGGUUAAAAAGGGAGGAGAACCCCGCGUCAGAUUGCCCCUCACCCCAUCCACGAAACCCCGCAUCCUCACGGAUGAUCAGACGGGGCCGGAAGACGCCCUGGACACAUGGACACAACCACCUCCCUAUGCCCCGAAUUCCCAGGCUUCCGGGAGCCCGCCCCACACUUCCCCCAGUCCGUCCCGAACGCGGAGUGGACUUCCGUAUGGCCCCCGUCCAUCUGUCCCUCCGAAGUCUACUCUGCCCUUGCCAUCCUCUGGCCACGGGGACAGACGGGUGUCGUCGGCCUCCCCCGAUCCCGGCCCUGAGCCCGCCACUCUAUUGCCCCUCCGGGAGCUUGCCCCCGCACAGGGGACGAGCCGCCCGUUUAUGGUCUAUGUCCCUUUCUCUACAAGUGACCUGUAUAACUGGAAGCUACAGAAUCCUCCUUUCUCUGAAAAACCACAAGGUUUAAUCUCGUUGUUAGAAACGAUCUUUCACACCCACCGCCCUACUUGGGACGACUGCUAGCAACUCUUGCAGGUUCUUUUUACUUCCGAGGAGUGCGAUCGGAUUCACCUCGAGGCUUGGAAGCAGAUUUUUGGCACAGGUGGUCAACCCACCACUGACCCGGUUAUUCUGGAAACGAGCCUCCCAACCCAACGACCCAACUGGGAUCCGAAUACGGUUGCUGGGGAAGGAGCUCUGAACCGGUACCGCCAACUUCUUCUCCAGGGUCUCCGCGGCGCAGCGCGGAACCCUACUAAUUUGUCUAAAGUAAGUGAGAUAGUUCAGAGCCCCCGGGAAUCCCCCGCCGCUUUCUUGGAACGCCUACUUGACGCAUAUAGGCAAUACACACCUAUAGACCCACGAGCGCCCGAAAACGCGCGGGCAAUUAACAUAGCCUUUGUUACACAAUCGGCACCAGACAUUAGGAAAAAGAUUCAAAAGCUAGACGGGUUCGAAGGGAAAAACCUCAGUGAACUAGUUGAGAUAGCUCAGAAGGUUUUUAAUAAUCGUGAGGAUCCAGAAGUUGCAGGCACAAAGAAAUUAACCAGAGUCGUCUUGGCAACCAUGCAGGAAGCUAGCGAUAGGAAUCGAGGGGCUCCACGGAGGAAUGGGGGCCCCCAAGAGCCCUUGGUAACCUUAGCUGUGGGGGGCCGCCCGACCACCUUCCUGGUAGAUAUUGGGGCAGCCCACUCGGUUCUCUGGGAGGGGGUCGGCCGUCUAACUGAAGAAAAGACUCAGAUCAUAGGGGCAACGGGGCGACCCAGGGCGUACCCUUGGACUUCAGCUCACGUAACUGAUCUGGGAAAAGGGACUAUAACUCAUUCCUUCUUGGUAAUCCCCGAAUGCCCCUUCCCCCUCCUGGGGCAAGACCUCUUAAGGAAACUGCGAGCCUCGGUGUCGUUCCAAGAGGACGGCACCCACCUCAGCCUAGGUUCUCCGCAGCCUGCUGCCCUUCUGCUCACUGUACCCUUGCAAGACGAGUAUCUCUUCUUCGAAAGUCAGGCGCCAGAAAGCCCCUCUGAGGCUUUAAAAGAGCUCCAAAAAGAAAUUCCAGGAGUAUGGGCCGAAAACAACCCUCCUGGUCUGGCGGCUCAUCAGCCACCCGUUGUGGUACAGGUCAGUAGCUCGGCUACCCCAUUCCAGAAACCCCAAUACCCCAUUCCAGCCAGGGCGAAGAUAGGAAUACGUAAGUAUAUACAGAGGCUGUUGGAAGCAGGAAUUUUAGUAUCCUGCAGGUCGCCAUGGAACACCCCGCUGUUACCAGUCAAAAAGCCCAGCACCGAGGACUACCGGCCAGUUCAGGACUUACGUGAGGUAAACGCCCAGGUAGAGACUGUCCACCCAACUAUCCCAAACCCUUACACCCUACUCAGCCAGCUGCCACCAGACCGGGAAUGGUACUCGGUCUUGGACUUAAAAGACGCUUUCUUUUGCAUACCGCUGGCCCCAGUGAGCCAGCCUCUUUUUGCCUUUGAGUGGACGGAUCUGGACCAGGGAUUCUCGGGUCAACUUACGUGGACCAGGCUGCCGCAGGGGUUUAAGAACUCCCCUACCCUCUUUGAUGAAGCUCUGAGUAGAGACCUUUCCCCUUUCCGGGAAACCCAUUCUGAGGUUACCCUUUUGCAGUAUGUGGAUGACUUGCUUUUGGCGGUGGAGUCCGCACCUGCAUGCCUGCAGGCGACUAGAGACCUCCUGGCCGCCCUGGGCUCCAUGGGAUAUCGGGUUUCAAUAAAGAAGGCACAGAUCUGUAGUCAGAGGGUGACCUAUUUGGGAUACAAUCUAAGCGGGGGAAAACGGACACUGUCAGCCAGCCGAGUCCGAGCAAUCCAGAAUAUUCCCACGCCUACGACUAAACGACAAGUCAGAGAAUUCCUGGGCACGGUAAGGUACUGCUGGCUGUGGAUCCCCGGCUUUGCCGAGAUAGCAAAACCCCUCUACACCAGCACGGGAGGAAAAGGUGACUCCCCCAUGUGGACUGAGAUUAAGCAAUCGGCGUUUCAGGCUCUUAAAAAGGCUAUUACCACGGCCCCCGCUCUAGCCCUACCCGACCUUAAGAAACCCUUCGAACUCUUUGUGGCUGAGGCUCGAGGUAUAGCAAAAGGAGUUUUAACCCAGACUUUGGGCCCAUGGAGGCGGCCGGUUGCAUAUUUGUUGAAACGACUAGACCCAGUGGCGGCGGGGUGGCCCACUUGCAUGAGAGCAAUUGCCGCGACAGCGGUAUUGGUGAAAGAGGCCAAGAAACUGACACUGGGCCAGGACCUCCAAGUCAUUGGGGCACACGCCGUGGAAACCCUCCUCCGCAGUCCACCGGAUCGAUGGAUCUCCAACGCCCGAGUGACUCAAUACCAGGUACUUUUAUUGGACCCCCCACGGGUCACUUUUUCCAGGGCAGCGGUCCUUAAUCCGGCGACCCUACUGCCAGACGAUCAACACGGGAGUCCCACACAUGAUUGUGCUGAGGUCCUCGACACCCUGACCGGCACCAGACCAGACCUGACGGACAUCCCGCUAGGGCAGCCAGCCCUCAAUUUGUUUACAGACGGGAGCAGUUUCGUCAAGGACGGGAUUCGCUUUGCAGGAGCAGCGGUGGUCACCAGUUCUGAGGUAAUAUGGGCACAGGCUCUAGGGCAUGGCACGUCAGCACAAAAAGCAGAACUUGUCGCCCUGACACAGGCACUCCGGUGGGGGAAGGGAAAAGCUCUCAACAUUUAUACGGACAGCCGAUACGCUUUCGCCACGGCUCAUGUCCAUGGAGCAUUGUAUAAGGAACGAGGGCUGCUAACCUCUGGAGGGAAGGACAUUAAGAAUGCAAACGAAAUUAUGUCUCUCUUAGAAGCCCUCUGGCUGCCUGAAUGAAUAGCUAUAAUUCAUUGCCCUGGGCAUCAACAGGACGGCUCGGCGGUCUCGGAGGGAAAUAACUUCGCUGAUAGAACCGCAAAGGAGGCUGCCCUAAGACCAGUAGGGCCCCUCGAAAUUCUUCUGGUUCAGAUGCCGCCCCAGGCUCUCUCAGACCGACCGACCUACUCGAAGGAGGAUAUCGAGCGGGGCAGGGAGUUGCGGUGCUCUGAGACUGAGACGGGAUGGCUGAAGCACCCCGAUGGAAGAAUCUUUCUCCCCCAAGCACUGGGACGAGAUCUUCUUCUACAGACCCAUCGAGCCACACACUUGGGGAUGGCCCGACUCUGUCAGCUAUUUAGACCUCAUUUCUACCUGCCCGGACUUUCAGCUCUGGCCGAUUCCAUAACCUCCGGGUGCGCCUCCUGCGCGCGAGUUAACGCUGGCCCCAGCUGGCCCCCCACCGCCCCGGGCAUCCGCCAUCGCGGAUCCCAGCCGGGAGAACACUGGGAAAUAGACUUCACUGAGGUAAAACCCACCCAAGGUAGGUAUCGCUAUUUACUGGUCUUCAUCGACACCCAUUCCGGGUGGGUGGAAGUGUUCCCUACGAAGGGAGAGACAGCCCUGAUUGUUGCCCGGACUCUCCUGCAUCAACUUCUACCCAGAUUCGGCGUACCCCUAGCUCUAGGUUCAGAUAAUGGUCCGGCGUUCAUCGCCCAAACUUCCAAAUUGGUAGCCAAAGCUCUGGGGAUUGAUUGGAAACUGCAUUGUGUGUAUAGACUGCAGAGCUCAGGACAGGUAGAGAGGAUGAAUAGAACGCUAAAGGAAACCUUAACAAAAUACACUCUUGAAGUUGGCGGCCCCUGGACGGACCUCCUUCUGUUUGCCCUCCUACGCACGUGAUGCUCCCCCUAUAAGAACGGUUUCACCCCCUUCGAAAUUGUGUUCGGGCAAGCACCUCCCCUGCUACCCCAUCUCUGCCAACUCCUUCCGCCUGGGUGGGCCAAGCCAGGCAUCUGGGGUUUUGGAUGCGGAACUGAUAUCUUGGAAAGGGGACUGUCGGAGAAGCAAUAUUAUGGCUGUCCAUCGGAUGGGAGCCCCGAUUGCGGUGACACGCCCAACUUCUACUGCGCCCGAUGGGGUUGCGAGACUUUCGCUACCUGGUUGGAAGGCCAAAAUAAGGAUCCAUGGCUCGCAGUGAAAAGGGUACACGCUGCUCAGGUGGGGACCGGCAGACAUAACCCCCUGAGCCUCAAGAUCAAGCGAGGCGGAGAAGAUUCUUGGGUAAAAGGUAAAACCUGGGGCCUGCGCUUGAAUCUGUAUGGUCCUGAUCUGGGCAUACUUCUCACGAUUCAGAAACGGGUUAUCUCACGACCCUGGGGCCCGGUGGGACCCAACCAGGCCCUCCCUCACCCUCAGGUAGAGGCCCCCACCCCCACUCACCGCAUCCCUGACCCUCGCACACAUCGUGCUCCAGCCCGGGCUGCUAGUCGACCGUCAUCCAGCCGCUCAGUUGCAUUAGUGUCCGCAGUUUUUGAAGUCCUCAACGGAACCAACCCAAACAUUACCGAGACAUGUUGGUUAUGCCUGAGUCCACAGCCACCUUUUUAUAAUGGAGUAGGAGUGAAUGUCUCUUUUUCCAACUUUGCUAAUAUCUCCUACUCGGAAAAUUAUGGGAGCGCCCGCCCGUGGGGCCUCCACCCCUCUAUAACAUUAGAAGAGUUCUCAGGUCAAGGGACCUGUGUCACGGGCCCUGGUGGACCCCGCAAGGAUCCACGAUGUGCGGCUACCUUACUUCUCACCCCCACAGCCCGCCCCUAUCUCCUGGCAGCCCCGAAUGGGACUCUUUUCGCUUGCCGAUCCUCCACCCUUUUUCUAACCCCCCUCAGUCCUGCGGCUGCGCAAGCUCUUCAGCCGGAUCUUUGUAUUCUGACUCUAGUACUCCCAAAGGUUUUUCUCGCCAACGGAGAGAUGACCCCCGCGGCUGCUUCCCCGGACUCACGCAUCCGGCGCGCUGUACCUCUCCUCGCUCCUCUUUUAGCUGGGCUGGGAAUCGCAGGCUCCGCGGCUGUCGGGGCUGGAGCUUUGAUAAAAGGCAGCCAGGACAUAUUCCACCUCUCUGAACAAGUCGAUAAAGACUUGCGAGAGCUUCACGGCUCCAUCAAGUUUUUGGAGGACUCCCUUGACUCCCUCGCCGAGGUGGCCCUCCAAAACAGGAGGGGAUUAGAUUUACUUUUGCUAAAGCAAGGCGGCUUAUGCGCUGCCUUGGAUGAGAAAUGCUGCUUCUAUGCAAAUCACUCAGGCAUCAUCCGUAACAGCCUAGACUUAGUCAAAGCCCGCCUGGAGGACCAGGAAAGGCGCCGCCAGGAGGGUUCCAACUGCAAACUUCAGAACCAUACCGUAUUGAAUCUGACACACUCAGAUCCGAUACCCCCUAGUUCUGUUCCGACUACCUUGUUCUCCACUGAGCUGGAACCAACAGACUUGAACUUGACACAAUUGAUUCUGACAAGAACGCUGACUGUGGACUCUACUCUCAAUUACCUCAUAUCAACCACACCGGAUCUAGAUCCUGCCAUCCAACAGAUCCUCACAACCUCCUAG